GGGUGCGCUGGUGUCUUCUUUUUUUUUAAUGCAGGAUUUUUUGACCUCUGUGGCCGCAUGGAGAUUUUCCAGGUAUGAUGGCAUUAAUGGUGAUGGGUGAAUAGCUGGAGGAGGAGCUUUGUUAGAUAAGGAUGGCAUUAGAUAAGGCCAUUAGUGUCCCGUGGAUUAUUGUAAUCCAGCCUUCCUAUCACUACUAGCUUGAAUGCUCAGUCUAUGGUCAGUCUGGUCUGGUUUGGAGCGGGUUGGAAGAUGGCUCUCAUCAUACAACAUUUCCUGCUGGGCCUCCUUCUCCUGGGAACAAACGUGUUCAUCGGUAUUUAUGCUCAGGAGAACCCUGGGGCGUGGACUAACAAGUCCUGCAAAUGUGAUUGUGAUGGAGGCGAAUCGCAGACGGAGGUUUACUCCAUUGGGUCUGGCUCAUCUUUGGUGCGAGGAGUGGACUGCAUGCCGGAGUGUCCCUACCACAGACCUCUUGGCUUUGAGGCUGGAUCAGUGAGUCAAGAACAGAUUACCUGCUCCAACCAGGACCAGUACACUGGCUGGUUCUCCUCAUGGGUACCGAGUAAGGCGCGACUCAACAGCCAGGGCUUUGGCUGCGCCUGGCUGUCUAAGUUCCAGGACAGCAGUCAGUGGCUGCAGAUUGACUUAAGGGAAGUGACGGUGGUGUCAGGGAUUCUCACUCAGGGCCGCUGUGAUGCCGAUGAGUGGAUUACCAAGUACAGUGUUCAGUACAGAACAGAUGAGAAGCUCAACUGGAUCUAUUACAAAGACCAGACUGGAAACAACAGGGUGUUUUAUGGGAACUCUGACCGGUCCUCGUCUGUGCAGAACCUUCUGCGGCCGCCCAUCGUUGCUCGCUACAUUCGCAUCCUCCCUCUGGGAUGGCACACACGCAUUGCUCUGCGCCUGGAGCUGCUGCUCUGCAUGAACAAAUGCAUGUAAACCCCCCCACUUCCCCCCAACCCCUUUAAAAAAUACAAACAAAACAGCUAAAACACACUUACAUAAAUGCAUUAAACCAGGUUUGUUUGAUAUGUACAAUGAGCUCUCAUUCACUCCACUCUGCAUUGUCUGUAUUAAACCAGUCUCACUUCAAUUUGGGGAGUUCUCAAUAGAUUGCUCCAUUUGCAAUGAAACGGCAUAAACUGAAAGCAGUAAUUAGGCAUGGAGAGGGAGAGGUAGCGUUGCUAUGGCGGUUGAAUCUGCGCUCAUGUUAGAAAUCCAAAUCGUUCUGUGAUAGGUCAAUAAAAUUCUGUCUGCUUCUCCUGAUAAUCUGAGCGUAGCUGGGAAUUUACACAGUAAGUCUCCCCUCCUUAUUUACCUUAAUGAAUCGGUGUGGUAGUAGUCUGCAUUUUUCAUAUUUUCAGCAAAUCCCAUGAAAAGACCGAAAACAACAACAAGGUCAUCCUAAUUACAAUUACUGUUUGCAUUUACAGCAUUUUUUUAAAUUCAUAUUUUCUUUAUUUAAUUUUGAAUGUUUGUUUUGCUUUUUUACAUUUCUAAUUAAUUAUUUGUCCAAAUAUAAUAUAUAGUAAACAGUCAUAUAUACAUAAUUUAUCAUCUGGUAGGUCAAAUUAGAACAAAUGCAUAUUAUUCUGCAGCUUAAACACCAGUUACCACCAGAUGUUGUGCACAGCUGUUAGAUAAUCAGAUAGGUGUAACAGACUGCUGUCUUUAGUCUUUUCAAUGAAUUUGUUAAUAUGGAUUUUUUUUUUGGUCUUAUUGCCUCAUUUGAGUUACUGUUUUCUUGUUUGAUUUUUUUGUUGUUGUUUGGUGCUGUUGUUAAAAAUUCCUGAUUGCUUUAAUGUUAUAUUUGAAUUUCCCAUUACACUUAGGAAUACAUUGCAGAGCUGAAUUGCUCUGAAGAUGUUCUCUUUAUUGUAUUUUUAAACCAUGUCCUUGAAUAAACAAAUAUGUGUCUGUUUUUA